UUGAAGCCGUGUGAUUUAAUCAAAGGGUGUAGCAUACUGCGUUAACCUAACGCUAAAACCCUUCAAAUAUAAACCCUCGACCCUAUUUUUCAAUUCCUUCUCCAAAUUGCCCCCUUUCUCUCUGCGUCACUUCAAAGCUACUUCUCUCUUCCAUGGCGUUGCCCAAUCAGCAAACUGUUGAUUACCCUAGUUUCAAGCUUGUUAUCGUCGGUGACGGUGGCACUGGGAAGACUACAUUUGUGAAGAGGCAUCUUACUGGUGAAUUUGAGAAGAAAUAUGAACCAACUAUUGGUGUGGAAGUUCAUCCAUUGGAUUUCUUCACAAACUGUGGAAAGGUUCGUUUCUACUGUUGGGAUACUGCUGGACAAGAGAAGUUUGGCGGUCUCAGAGAUGGAUAUUAUAUCCAUGGGCAGUGUGCUAUUAUAAUGUUUGAUGUUACUGCCCGACUAACAUACAAGAAUGUACCUACCUGGCACCGUGAUCUUUGCCGGGUUUGUGAAAACAUCCCAAUUGUUCUUUGCGGUAACAAGGUUGAUGUGAAGAACAGACAAGUGAAGGCAAAGCAGGUUACAUUCCAUAGAAAGAAGAAUUUGCAGUACUAUGAAAUUUCAGCCAAGAGCAACUAUAACUUUGAGAAGCCUUUCCUGUAUCUUGCCCGGAAACUUGCAGGUGAUCCUAACUUGCACUUUGUUGAAUCUCCUGCCUUGGCUCCUCCAGAGGUUCAGAUCGAUUUAGUUGCACAACAACAGCAUGAGGCUGAGAUUGCCCAAGCUGCUAAUCAGCCCCUUCCCGAUGAUGAUGAUGAUGCAUUUGAAUGAUGCAUUUGAGUAGAACCUGUGCGUGUGGUGACAAUCUUCUUGAGUGUAUGCUUACUGUUUGUUUCGGAGGUUGUAAUAUUCACGGAUGUGGAUUUGAGGAUCUGAAUUCAACCAGUAUGAAAUAUUUUACUUGAAUUUAAAAUCUUGUUUAUUGUUAUGUUAUUGCCUCGGGCAUUAAGCUUUAGCAUCACAAUACCAUUAUUUUUUACUCAUUUUGCAUUUUAAAAGAUACCAUCUAUGAAUUCGGUUUCGAACAAUUGUUAACUUUCGAAGGUUGUGUAUGCUACAUGGAGAUCAGAUCUUUAACUACUA